AUGGCUCAACGAGCCGAUACCUCGUCGUCACCCGCUGCGACGUCGCCUGCUGCUCCUCAACCCCUCUCUCGAGAAGGACGAACCCUUCCAAGUCGCCAGCCGUUGAUGAGGAAGAAGUCAGCCCAGGACCGGAUCAAUGAAAUCCUAGAGGGCGCUCGAGAACGCGCCGAAUCAUAUGGCCCGGACACGUCUCCCGGUAACCUCAGCCCACGGCUACAACCGCUGCUGGAUUCAUCGUUGCGCGGACUGAAUUAUCUUUCCACCAACGCUUCACCACGCACCGGUUCCCCGCGUCUGUCGCCGUCGAUUCCGGAGGAGAAUGGCGUCGGUAAUAUCGAUGGCGCGGUGACAGCGCAGCCGCAACAGCAACACAUCCAUUACUACAAUGGCACGCAGACGAACCACUCGACGCGGAGGCGAUCCACCCGACAGUCAGCCCAGGAGCAGGGCCGGUCGGCGUCGCAAGCUGAUGAUGGGACGACGGGGAGAAGACAUGGCGAAGAAGAAGAGGAAGGUGGUUGGAAGAAGACGUUGAAGUAUUUCAGGAGCAUAGAGCUCGAGAACAAGGGGAGUGUUGCGAGGGAUCACUUGGCGUUGGAACGGACGUUCCUUGCCUGGUUGCGCACGUCAUUGGCGUUUGCCUCGAUUGGGAUUGCGAUUACUCAACUGUUUCGGCUGAACACUUCGUUGGCGGAUGAUGAUCACCAGUCGUAUACGCUGAGGCAUUUGGGGAAGCCGCUGGGGUCGACGUUUUUGGCGGUUAGUAUUUUGAUUUUGUUUUUGGGGUAUAAUCGGUAUUUGGAGAGCCAGGCGUGGGUGAUUAAGGGGAAGUUUCCGGCGAGUAGGGGGACGAUCAUCCUGGUGUCGUUUAUUGCCUUUGCGGUGACGGUGGCAAGUUUGGUUGUGGUUAUUGCUGUGCAGGGGGAUCAUUGA